GGAGGGGUAACCGGGGACUCGAGCUCAUUGAUGACGCGAUCCUCACGUGACCAGGAGUCGACGUGUGCAGAAGUCCUUAUAGUCCAGGGCCUGUUUCCCUGUAGCAGCUCCUUAUUGCUGGGGAAGGAGAAAAGUGCCCCGGAUCCUUUCAGGACUCGUGGUCUUUUGGAGCGACCCAAAUCGAGCGAGGGAAGAGGGAGGAAAAUCCCCUGGAUCCCUGCAGGAUUAACUUAUUCAAAAAGAAAAUAAUAGAAAAAUACUCAACAUGCAAAAGUCUUGUGAAGAAAAUGAAGGAAAAGCACAGACCUUGCCAAAGGCCGAGGAAGACCGCCCUUUGGCAGAUGUACCGCGGGAGGCGGAAAGAAACCCUCCAGCUCCUGUAAGCCAGGAAGCAGAAGGAAACCUCAGAGGAGGGCUGACUCAACCUGGCCAGGGAUAUAAAGAGGACACUCCGGUUAGGCAUUUGGACCCUGAAGAAAUGAUAAGAGGAACCAUUCUUCAAGUUUAUGGCAGCCUCAUGGAUGCUGGUCAGGCUGGAUUCCGGCUGGAGUGA